GAUUCGGAUUUAGGGCACCAGAUUUUUUUCAAAAAACGAGUCUUUGUCGUGACUGUAUGCAGGGGUUUUGAAAUCCUGUCAUAGAAAGUCUCAAAAAAUUACAACCAAACGAGACCUGGAACAUUCAAGCAGUUUGGGAUGCUGAAUGCGAUUGUAACCUUCAAAAAAAUUGUGAAGGGUCAUGGAACGAAAUUUGACUUAAAUAAUAGUUCACAUGGCAUUUUUAACAGGACCUGCUAUCUGGAUGCAGAGUCUACAAGUUUGACGCUAAUCUUUUUCCAGGUGGGUCAAGAGGCAAGAAACAGUUGAAGAAAGGUGUAGUACCCAGUCAGAACCUUCCACGAGAACAUACCUACAUGAAAUUCGGCAAUCCUAAUAGGGUAAUUGCAUGGUCAUUAGACAGAGUGGCCUAAAUAUCUGUCCACACCUUAAAAGCUUGGCGACCAUACAUUUUGAAGAAGAACAAAAUUAACGCAAAAGUGUCUGCAGAAAUUUAUUUGUGAUGUCAAAUAUAUGACAUUCAUGAUGAUGUAAGAUCAUUUUGAGGUCCAGUUUGCAAAUUAAAAAAAUAAAAUAUGUGGUUACCAAGUUCUUGAAGGGAUAUAUGAGCCCUGUCUCAGUGAAGUUGGCCCAACUAUCCAAACUGUUUUUUAUGAAAUUUUUCAUAUUACUGGAAACAUAUUAAAAAAGCAAAGUAACAAAAGUAACAAAGGUGGUAAAAAAGCCCUCUGACGGCGACAAGAUUGUGAAAGUGGUCCAAAAGCCCCAUACAGCUUCCUCCACGAGCAUAUCCAUUAAUAUCACGAAUCCAUCUCCUAAUUCCACUAUUACAAAAACGCCAACGUCGACAUUGCAAUAUGCGUACCUUCACAACGGCAGUGCUUUCGAUAUUCACCCAUGGAGCAGCGACAGCACCUCGAUGGUUGGCACCACGCCCAUGUCGCCCCAACAGGACCCACUGGCGUUGGGCACCAACAAGACACCGCUAGAUCCUUUAGCGUUCCGAUAUAUUCCUGCUUUAACCGAUACACCUAAUACUAAAGAUACAAGACAAUCAAUUCAAAAACCAAAGACGACGAGUAAACAGGGCCCUAAAACCAGUACAAGAUUAACAUUAGUUCAACGAAUUCUCGACGACGCAAUUCAGAAAGUGGAUACUGCUUUAUUUAUUAAAGAUAACCAUGUUGCAUUUGGUGUAAAUGAGAAAUUAGGUCUGACUUCGGAAACAGCGGAAAAAAUCACCAUCCAAACGCAGAAUAACGCUAAAGUGAUGGAAUUGCUGGUAGUGAAAAACAAUCCAAUAAUCAACAAACAGGUUGACGAAGCAUUCAAGGAUAUCGACCAAGCGAUCGAUAAAGCUUUAAACAAACUCAACGCUCACGACCUGAAAUCGUCUUCGUAUCCCAGUUAUUGCAGAGGUACCCAGACUACCACAGACGCUAUCGAGGAGGAGAAUCAGCGAUUGAAAUCGGAAAUUCGAUCCCUGAAAUGGGAACUACAGAAGAAGAAAGCAGUAUUGACAACACCCACGAAAACGACGAAAAAGCUGGUUUACUGGGUGAAAGAACCCGGAUCGAGCGCUAUCAAAACUCCAACGAAAACUGUGUGUAAGAAAACGGUGACACUAUCUUCUAAGAAACCGGGAAUGUCUCCCAGGAAAACUCCAGUUCCAGCCGUCGUAAAAAAAUUCACACUGCCGUUGAUCACAUCCGUGACUAGUUUAAGUACUGCAGAGAUGGAUGAUGUUGAAAAAACUGCUGACGCCGUCGACGCCUGUGUUGAAGAUAAACUUUCAAAUGACCACACGAAUACAACAACUGACUCCACAAAUAAGGCAAAUGAUAUCGUUGAUCUCACAGAUUAGAUUAUUUUUGUGUAUAUGAAGAAAUGUACAGCACCAUUUUCGUGUUGCUUGCGUAACUUAAUUUUUGUUAAUAUGUUCGUAAAUUAGUUUUAGGUUUUUUAAGAUUGUAUCAAAAUGAAGCAAAUCACAAUCCAUACAAAAUAAAAUGGUCAAAAUAUAUUCAUGUUAACCGAUUCUUGGAAGAUUAUUCUUGCAUAGGUAUAUUGAGAAAAAUAAAAUUAUUCCUGUGAGCCAGAAGUUUUUGCGAUGUUCGAUGGAUGCGGUGAAUUACGUACUUCCAAAUAAAUACAGCAAAAUAAGGAAACAUCUCAAAGUAAAAGAAGUCGGGAUAAGCACAAAUUUUCACACAAUCACCCACGUUUGAAAUAUACAAUCCACUCUUUAUCAUAAAACACACAUGCAUACAAACCCAUAUAUGCUUCUUACCAACCUUUGCAUUGCAUUUCCAUAUUUUCUUCAUUUUUUUU